GUACAAGCUAAGAAGAGAAAUCUCUGCAAAAGACCCAUCCACAGAGAACAAGCCACUUCUCUGCUUUCUGAAUUUUCCAAAUGAGUUUAAGAAUAACCCUCUGGAUAUUAUUAAACCUUCUGAAAGAAGAAACUUUCCGUAUCAAUACAAAGCUGAUGAUAUUUCUAAAAGUUCAGAACUGAGUUUGCUCUGAAUUGCAGACUUGGCAAAAACAUAGUACUUGAUAAGUCUUGUCAAUGUUUAUUUAGUCUGGAAGUUUUUGGCACUGAAAUAAAAAUUCCUUGCAUGCCUGUAGGACCCUGUGACUGCUGCUUACUCAUACACCACAAUAGAACCCACUGCUCUGUGAUCUGCUGUGAAGAACUGAAUUCAAGGCUUUUUAAUGUUGAUCCUAUGGAAGGUGAGGCUUUAGUUAUAAAAUGUCCCAAAUGGAAUUCAUCUGUGAAAAUCACUUGGUAUCGCAUGGAUACUCACCAAAUAAUUCCUGCGGAAGAAGAGGGAUCACGAGUAUUUUCCGUAGAACAUUAUCUUUGGUUUCUGCCAAUUUCUAGAGAGGAUUCUGGAAACUACACUUGUGUAACACAUUUUAAUCGCACAAAGUCAUACAACAUGAGUGUGCAAGUGCACUCAUACAAGCCAGGAGAAUGCUUCCCAAGUCGGAUUCAUUACGCAAAUGACACUCGAAGAGGAAAAAUUGCUUGUCCUACCAUUGAUAACUAUAAGAAUGCUACUAUUGUCCAGUGGUAUAAGGACUGCAAACCUCUUCAGGGACAGAGAUACUUCACGAAAGAAAAUUAUCUCUUUAUUGAGAAUCCAAGAACAGAGGAUAAUGGUUAUUAUACUUGUAAAUUUAUUUAUACCCAUAAAGGAAAUGUGUUUAAUGUAUCAGCAACAAGAAUUUUCAUCAGUGAGGUGAAAUACUCACUUCUACCACCUCAAAUCAUAUUUCCAAAGAAUAAAGAUGUAGUAGAAGCAGAACUUGGUGCUGCUUUGUCUCUGAAAUGUCAGGCCCGCCUGGGGAUUAAGAAACAGCCACUGUCUGCUGUCAGAUGGGAUGUGGAUAACAUCCCAGUGGAAAACCUUGAUUUUUCAAGAUUUCAUGAAGAAACUCAUUUUUUUGAUGGACAUGAGCAAGUAUACUAUGAGGAGACCACUUUGAAUAUUACUGAAGUAAAAAAGGAGGAUCUGCAGUCGAAUUUCACAUGCAUUGCACUGAACACAAUGUACAACACAAGAGUCACGGUGACAUUACAACUCAAAGAGCAACCUGAGGAGGUUCUUCCUAAUGUCCUCCUGAUCACAGGAUCUCUGGUUCUGCUAAGUGCAAUAGCAAUCUCAGUUAUCCUUUACCAGUCUUUCCGAGUUGAUAUCGUCCUCUUGUAUCGGGAGAUAUUCCAGCCCUACUCAGUCAAGGAUGAUGGGAAGAUAUACGAUGCAUAUGUAGUCUACCCCAAAACCCACACCAGUGAAGCUAAUUUUGUGGAAUAUUUUGUUUACCAAAUCAUGCCAGAUAUUCUAGAAAAUAAAUGUGGAUAUAAAUUGUGUAUUUAUGGGAGAGAUAUAUAUCCUGGGGAAGAUGCAGCCAGUGCGAUUGAGAAGAGGAUGCAGAAGAGCAGACGGCUGAUCAUCCUGCUAACACACCAGCUGAUUAAUUCUAAAGAGGAUGCUUAUGAUCAACACAUUGCUUUAUACAACGCCCUCAUUCAAAAUGACACCAAGGUGAUCCUUCUGGAAAUGGAGACAAUUGGGACUUACGAGAAUCUUCAGGAAUCUCUUAGGUUUAUUAUUAAGCAUCAAGGUACCAUCAAAUGGAAAGAGGAGCACACGGUGCACCCACAGUCACCCAAUUCUAAGUUCUGGAAGCAGGUGAGGUACCAUAUGCCACUGACACGCAGGCCCUCACACUCGGCUAACACCAGGUGAACAGUCCUGGAAAACAGUGCUGCAGUAUCACUACAGGCCCACAGCUGUUUUUCCUUUCAGAAGGUACAUGACUGCACAGUCUGGAGGUCUGGCUCUGUUUUUUGAACAUUUUUUAGUCCUUCGAUUGAGUAAUGAUGGGGUAAAUUGAUGCAAGAGGUCUAGGAAUGUUUUAUAGGUAUGAGAGAUCUGUAAAGAAAUAAUUCUAGAUUGUGUGGAGAAUUUUGCAUGCCACAGAAAGUGAAACGUACCUGUACUCUUUCUAUACAUAGUUAUAUAUUUAUCUAUAUCUAUAUAUAAUAUAUAUAACAGAAAGUUAUGAUUGUGAUUAACUGAAUGCCUUGCAGGUUUACUUCAUCUUCCUAAAGCAGUUGAUAACAUAUAAAUGCCUUCUGUAUUAUUUGACUAGAAAGUAUAAUGUGUAUUUUGCAACUAGAAAGUAUUUUAAAAGAAAGCUUUUGUUAACUUUUUUUUCUGACACUUAUUCCUUUUUUAUUUAAUAGUGAUACUGACAAGAUGAAAUUUUAUUUUCCCUUAGUAUGGAAAAAUACUAAACAAAUAAAAAUACCCUCACUAAAGGGUCUUUUGAGAAUGAUGUGAAUAUAGCAGUAAAAAAAUGCAGUGUUAAGGGAAAUAAAUACAUUGAUAUAUCUACAUGUCUAUAUCUAUAUAUAAAU